AAAUAGACACAACACAAGACAACAUACAAUAGAAAUCUAAGAAAUAACUGAAUAAUUCCGAUCUCUUCUUUUUUCAAUCGUUCGGAACUCGAACUGCAAUCGUUUCGGAGCAACGUCGACAGGUAGCGGGGUCUACUGUCACGCGAUUCGACUUGACAGUUGACACGCUCCUCUUGUAAUCGCGUGAUUCGCGUUAUUCGCGGUUAUGGCGAUCGCCAGAUGAGAGAGAAGCAGUGUCGCGCUGAGAGGGAACGGACUUCGUGACGGGUUUCGUGACGGACGACGAAUUUUCACGAGCAAUCAAAAAACAUGGAAGGUCAACAAUUUUGUUUACGGUGGCACAAUUUUCAAAAUACACUCUUGAGUUCUCUUCCUAAGUUGCUCGACGGAGGUCACCUAACAGACGUUACACUGAGCGCUGGCGGCAGACAUAUUCAUGCUCAUAGAAUCAUACUCUCAGCUUGUAGUUAUUAUUUUAAAGAACUCUUCAAGGAUUUAAGCUCCUUGCAACAUCCAGUCAUUGUCUUACCAGGCAUGGAAUAUGCAAAUCUAUGUGCUCUAGUCAAGUUUAUGUAUAAUGGAGAAGUGAAUAUUUAUCAAGAACAGUUACCUGCACUUUUAGCUAUGGCUGAUACGUUGCAUAUUUGUGGAUUGGCUGAUAUGGCUGGGAAAAAUCCGAGACAGGAUAACGGCUUAUAUAUACAAUCACCAGUGAUGCAAUCGCAGGAAAAACUCUCAAACGAAGAAAUAGUAACGACUGAGUCAAAAGAUAUGACGGCUUCUGGAUUAGCUACUGGUUCAGAAUCAGUACCUGUAUCAUUGCCUAAAGCAAUAAAUAAUUUAGAGGAUGAGGAACCAAUCAACGAUCAAGAAAGUAUACAGUAUUGCGUGAAAACGAAGCCUUACUAUUCCAUAAACGCGAAAUUAAAUCAAAGGGAAAGAAUGUCUGUUCCUGUAUCUGUUAAUAAAUAUAUUGAUAGAGGAUACUCGGAGAACGUGGACGAGACUGCGUCGAUCAUGGAAGAUCAAGUCACGCCUAUAGAGGAUGUAAAACCACCGCCGGCUGUUUGGGACGCGAGUUUCAAAUUACUCGCGGCAUCCGCAUCUAAUAGAACUUCGCAAACUUACAAUAAGUCCAGUGUCACUUGUCUUAUUUGUGGUAAACAAUUGAGUAAUCAAUACAAUUUACGAGUACACAUGGAGACACAUAGCAAUAGCUCAUACAGCUGCACGUCGUGUUCACACGUGUCGCGAUCGCGAGACGCUCUCAGAAAACACGUGUCCUAUAGACAUCCGGUGGCUUCUUCUCAAAAACGUCCACGAUAUAGUACACCG